ACAAUUGAUAACACAGAAUUUCUGUAUCUGAGGUCGUUUUUCGUUUUACUCUUAAGUUCGUGUAAAGUCCGGUUACUUUACCGUUAAGUGCUGAGGUAGGUUGUAAAUUGAAUUCACUGUCUGUUUCUUUGUAUUCAAAAGUACAAUUUGUUGGUUUCACUGAAAAAAAUGAAGAUGAUCGGUCGCCCAAGUCAAAUCCUGUCGGCCUCCAAGAACAUCAGUUGUCUAUUGAAGAAUCCUGCAGUCACCCAAAUUUGUCUUAGAAAUGAAUCUACCAAAAUUCAACCGGCGUCUCAAGAUACAAAUGUAGAAGAAAAACCAUUUCGUCCAUAUUCGCCGUUUCAAAAGACAAACAAUAUGGCCGAAUAUGCUGUUGCUCGUUUGGACGAUGUCUUGAACUGGGGCCGUAAGCACUCUCUCUGGCCUUUGACUUUUGGAUUGGCAUGUUGUGCUGUUGAAAUGAUGCACAUAGCUGCUCCUCGAUACGAUAUGGAUCGAUAUGGUGUUGUAUUUCGUGCAUCACCUCGUCAGGCUGAUCUUAUUAUAGUCGCAGGAACACUGACAAACAAAAUGGCACCAGCAUUGAGAAGAGUUUACGAUCAAAUGCCCGAUCCAAAAUGGGUUAUUUCAAUGGGAAGCUGUGCAAAUGGUGGUGGUUACUAUCAUUAUUCAUACUCAGUUGUGAGAGGAUGCGAUAGGGUCAUUCCAGUUGACAUUUAUGUACCGGGUUGUCCUCCAACUGCUGAAGCUUUGAUGUAUGGUAUCCUUCAGUUGCAGAAAAAAAUAAAAAGAAUGACACUUGCCCAGAGUUGGUAUAGAAAGUAAUCUGUUGUUUUUGUACAUUUAAAACAUAAAUGGUUUCGUAUAUUACAUAUUUUAUCAUUUGUAAAAAUAAUAUAACCUGUGAAACGCCUAAUUCUGUUAUACAAUAUAGAUAAUAGUUUAGUAUUGCUAAAUAUAACACAGUUUUAAAUUGUA